CAAUGAGCGUGUACAAAACGUCAUCCUCCAUGUUUGAAUGGGCGUGUUUCAUGUUGCGAUGGUUAAUAUGAAAACAUUUUAAUUUUGGUGCAGUAAUUGUUUAUAAAACCGAAUUGUUUUAUUCGCUAGACAUGUUACGUAUUGUUCAAAGUGCCUUAAUAGUAUUAUUAAUUGAUUUCACCGUUGCGCAACACAACUUCGAUAAUGUAGAGUUUGGACAAGAACUGGUAUGGUGCGUUACAAGCACACCAGAGCUGCACAAAUGUAGAAACUUCACUGUUGCACUGGAACGAGAUUAUGCAUUAUUCGACAAUUACUUUCUUAAUGUGUCCUGCCAUUUUGGAUUUGACCAAGACGAGUGUAUGAAACUUAUAGAUGAAGGUAAAGCACACGCAAUGAUGCUGGACGCCGGCGAAGUUUAUACUGGUGGAAGGUAUUAUUCGUUGGUCCCUAUUAUGCAGGAAGGAUACGAUGGAGGUUUCACACAGUAUCAUGCUGUUGCUGUGAUCAAGAAAAAUACUCUACGCGAUGUGACUAACUUGCGACAUUUGAAGGGGAAAAAGGCAUGUUUUGCCUGGGUUGGAAGCCAUGCCGGUUGGACCAUUCCAAUUUAUACCCUACAACGUGAGGGUGGAAUGGAAAUAACUGAUUGUAAUAACCAUGUUAAAACAGCAACUGAUUUUUUCGGACCGUCAUGUGCUGUGAAUGCUUUAGUGGAUAAGUAUAAUCCGAUUGGUGAUAACUCUGACAAGUUGUGUUCAUUGUGUACAGGAAAGGUACCUGGAGGUAAAUGUACACCUAAGGAUCCAUAUGCCGGAUUCGAAGGAGCUUUUCGUUGCCUUCUGGAAGCAGGCGAUAUUGCUUUCAUUCAGCAUACAACCGUAGAUGAAAUGGUUAACAGUGGACUGAUCCAUGGAGUUACGGCGGAUCAAUUUGAGCUACUGUGUAAAGAUGGAACACGCCAGCCAAUCUCAGAAUAUCGACAGUGUCAUUGGGGCUUAGUGCAGUCCCAUGCACUGGUCGUCUCAUCAGCUAGGACAAGCGCUGAGCGUCGGCGAUACAAGAAAUUUUUCACGCAAGCAGUUAAUUUGUACUCGUCGAAAGCUAAACGGACAAAUGGAACGCUAAUUAACACAGAUGAACGGUUACGAAACCAGAAUGAUCGAUUCAAUUCCAACAAUAGAUUUGAAAGUGGACGAGCCGACGAUCGCUUCAAUAAUAACAACCGAUUUUACACUUCUACAUCGACCGACCGAUAUAAUGAUUACGAUGGUUACAAUGAUGAUCGUGACCAACAAAAUAACGAGACACGAUUUUACGAAAAGUUUGAGCUUUUCGAAUCGAAACGAUAUGGUAAACAGCUUAAUCUCAUGUUCCAAGACAAUGCCCGCUAUCUGGCGCCGAUUGAGGAGAAUAAUCAAAAUUUUCAGAACUAUUUGGGUAGUGCUUUAAAUCAAAUAUACGGUGUUCGUUCAUGUCCGGUAGGCCGAAUGACUUUAUGUGUGACAUCCGAUCCUGAAAUGGAGAAAUGUAUUAAAAUGCGGACCGCGUUGAAAGCACAGCUGAUUAAACCAGAAAUGCUUUGCCUGAAGGCUCAUUCUCAUGUAGAUUGCAUGCGACUUGUAAACUCUGGACAAGCUGAUGUGGUGGUCCUAGAUGCGAGUGAUGUUUACACUGGUGGUUUGAAUUAUGAUUUGUUGCCAUUUAUGUCGGAAAUUUAUGACUUGGGGCGUCCAGAGUAUUACGUAGUAGCUGUAGCUAAAGAGGAAGAUCCAGAUACCGAAUUGACGUAUUUGAAAGGGAAAUACACAUGUCAUUCAGGUAUUAACACAGCAGCGGGAUGGGUUUAUCCGAUGGCGUAUCUUAUUUCCAAUGGAUGGAUACGCCCUUAUGGGUGUGAUAGUAUUCGUGCGGCAGCGGAAUACUUUACUAAAUCCUGUGUGCCGGGAGCAAUUAGCAAUGAGUACAACACAGGAGUGCCUUACGAUAAUCUGUGUGAUUUAUGCCGUGGUGGCAGUUUUCGGUAUUGCCGACGAGACGCUUCUGAAGAUUACUACGGUAACAGUGGAGCAUUCCGAUGUCUAGUAGAAGGUGGAGGACAUGUAGCAUUUGUUAAACAUACAACGGUUUUGGAGAAUACUGGUGGAAAGCGACGGGAAUGGUGGGCAAGAAACACUCUUCCGGAUGAUUUCGAAUUACUAUGUCCUGAUGGAACCCGUGCUGAAAUUUCUGAAUACAAGAAAUGUAAUCUUGGAAAAGUUAAGGCCAAUGCUAUUGUGACACGAGGAGGACAUAGCUAUAACGCGACCCAGUUGAAUGCCUACAUUAAUCUUUUCACCUACGCACAGCAGUUUUAUGGUCGACGAGAUGCAGAUGAAUUUAGCUUUAGUUUGUUCUACUCCAAUCCGCCGUACCAUGAUCUGAUUUUUUCAGACGCAACUCGUGAGCUUCGUCUCAUCCCAGGAAAUAUUCGUUGGUUCGAUGCUUAUCUUGGACCCGAUUUUCUGCGGGCUAGGCGAAUUACAGACUGUCACGCAGGUGCGACAUCACUGAAACUAAGCAUGUUGAAUGUGAUUCUACUAACCUUAGCACUAACGUACAGAACUUUUCUGUAGAAGAAAACGUGUUAUGAUAAGUUAAGAGUAGUGUCAAUUGAUAUUUCUUCCGAACGAGGCAAAUUAGUAAGAAAAUCUGAAACGGAAGAUCUGCCUAAUUCAUGUAAUGUACAAAGUAACACAUUCCGUCCAUGUUUUAGAUAGGUACAUUAUACAAUAAUGUUACGUUUAGAUAUUGCAUGAGCUAAUACAAUUUCCUGAAAGUUUUAACUAUUUUUUCUAAAUUCAACAGCAAAAUAUUGAAUCGGUCCUAUUUAUUAGUGAACUGACGCAGCAAAAGAAACAAAUCAAAAGGUAACGAUAUAUUUUAUCAUAGAUGUGUUGUACUAUUUUGAUUGAGUUGAAUAGAUUAACUUUAUACUACGUC